AUGGGAAAUUUGAUAACUUUUUCUUAAAGUAGUAUAAUAGAUUAAGACUGUAAAGAGCUUAAUUUAGAAUUCAAUUAAAAAUUGAGUGAUAAAUAGCUUUAAAGUUUUUGUCAAAAAAUAUGCCAUCUUCAAAAACUAAAUGUACUUAGACUUUCUUUUAGAAACUUGAGCACUAAUAGCUAGUAAAAGAUUACUAAGCUACUAAAGGAAGUAGCUACUUGCCCUAGUUUGUAAUAAAUUGAGAUAGCUUUUGAUGAUGAAAGCACAAUUUAACAGGAAAUCGUUUAAGCAUUAAAUUAAGGAUUAAAUCAUUGCUAAAAUAUUAAUUUUUUGGAAAUUAACUUUUAUUGUUGUGACUUCUGGAGAUAUGACAAAGAAAAUUCUAGUAAUGAUUCUAAUGUCAAAUCAUUAAGCGGUCUUUUGUCAUCAAAUUCUAAUAAAAUAUAAUCUAUUAGAUUCAGUCUUUUUUGGAUAAGCAAUUCUGGAUUAUUAAUGGUAUUAAGUUCACUCAAUUAAUGUUCAAAUAUAAAUAAUUUACAUUUACAAAUAGGAAAAUCAGUGAUAUUUGUUGAUGGUAUUCAAAGUGUAAGUCAGUCAAUAUCAAAUCUAGUUAAUCUAAAGACUUUGUAAUUAUAAUUACAUUUUAAGCUAACUGAUGAAUAUAUUAAACAUUUAUGUGAAGGAAUAUAGAAGUCUAAGUAACUUUAUAAAUUCAGUUUUACUUUACCAGAAAAAAGUUAGCUAACAGACAAUUCAAUAUAAUUUAUAAGUGAAGCUAUAGUCUAACUUCCUAAAUUAUAAUUACUUUCUAUUAGUCUGAUAGAAAAUAAUUUUGGGGAAUAAAGCAUUGGAUAAAUAUUAGGAGAAAGCAUUUCAAAAUGCUAAAAUUUAACUUAUUUAUUUAUAAAUUUAGCUAUAAAUAAAAUUUCAUAGGAUGAUGCUGAAAUUCUUUGUCAUGAAAUAUCUAAAUCUCCUUAAUUGAACUAUUUAUGCAUAUAUUUCAAUAAAGACAAAACAUCAGAAAGAUUCAACAACUAAAAGAAACUACGUCAAAUUAGUUUGAAAACAAAAAAAUUAAUUUAUUUAAGUAUAAGUAUAUGA